AUGUGCCAUGUAGACAUCUAUGAAGAUCUUCAUCUUGGGCAGCAGGAGGCGCUGCAAACACCCAACGUCAGCGAGACUGACCACGAUGGAGACCAUUGCAAAGCGUCCAAAUUAGACAGCCUCUUAGCGCCACUAUCCGAUAGCGAUGACGUCACCUCACAAUCUCCAAAUGACGAUGGUCAACAUUCUAAAAGGACUCCUCGCACAGGCAGCGAACACGUCAAGUGCUCUCAGUGCCACAAAACCUUUUUCAACAAGUCAUCGUUGAAAAGACACACCAGAACGCACACCGGGGAGAAACCUUUUGCCUGCUCGCAAUGCCAUAAAAGAUUUGCCAUAAAAGGACAUUUGAGGAUACACGGGAGGACGCACACCGGGGAGAAACCUUUCGCGUGUUCCUCGUGCGGUGUUAAAUUCGCCCAAAAGGUGACGUUAACAAAUCACGCGAGAACUCAUACUGGGGAGAAACGUUUCGCCUGCUCCACGUGCGGUCAACGAUUCUCAGGAAAGAGACAUUUGGUGGCGCACACGCGGAGGCACACCGGGGAGAAACCUUUUGUCUGUUCGGUUUGCGGGAAAAGUUUCUCUGUAAACGUUCAUUUGAGAACCCACGCGAGAACGCACACCGGUGAAAGACCUUUUUCGUGUACGCUCUGCGGGCUGAGAUUCACGCAAAAGAUUAGCUUAACCAAUCACGUAAGAACGCACACCGGAGAAAAGCCUUUUGAAUGCACUUUUUGCGGGAAACGAUUCGCCACGAAGGGACAUUUGAAAACGCACGAGAGGAUGCACACCGGAGAGAAACCGUUCGCCUGCUUAUUUUGCGGCAAAGCCUUCUCCACCGGCGGGCAUUUAAGGAUCCACGUGAGAACGCACACCGGGGAAAAACCUUUGGACUGCUCGGCGUGCGGCUUGAGUUUCCGCGAUCAUUCGGGUUUGGCGAAACACGCGAGAUCGCACGCUGAGGAGAAAGGCUUAUUAUGA